UGUAACCGGGAGGGCUGCCCGCCGUCGGUUUGGCUGUGAGGAGUCGUCGCAUGGACAGACAUGGCUACUGACCUCGCCAUGAGCGCAGAGCUUCCUAACAGCCCUUUGGCUAUCGAGUAUGUCAAUGACUUUGACCUUAUGAAGUUUGAGGUGAAGAAGGAGCCGCCGGAGGCCGACCGCUACUGCCACCGCCUCCCGUCGGGCUCUCUGUCCUCCACCCCGAUCAGCACGCCGUGCUCCUCUGUGCCUUCCUCGCCGAGCUUCUGCGCUCCGAGCCCGGGCGCGCCGCCCAACCAGAGCCUCACCAGCGGGGUCAACAGCAGCAGCGGCAGCAGCAGCAACAACAGCAGCGGCAAUAACAAUCACAGCAACGCGGGAAAGCCUCAGCUGGACGACCUGUACUGGAUCCCCAGCUACCAGCACCACAUCAACCCCGAGGCACUCAACCUGACCCCGGAGGACGCAGUGGAGGCCCUCAUCGGCAACGCCCACCACCAUCACCAUCACCACCCGGCCUACGAGGGCUUCCGCGGGCAGCAGUACGUAGGGGAGGACCUGUCCACGGCCUCGGUGGGUCACCAUCACCAGGGCCACCACCACCAUCACCACCACCACGGCCAUCACGCGCGCCUGGAGGACCGCUUCUCUGACGAGCAGCUGGUCAGCAUGACGGUGCGGGAGCUCAACCGGCAGCUGCGGGGCUUCAGCAAGGAGGAGGUGAUCCGCCUGAAGCAGAAGAGGCGCACCCUGAAGAACCGGGGCUACGCGCAGUCCUGCCGCUUCAAGCGCGUCCAGCAGAGGCACAUGCUAGAGUCCGAGAAGUGCACGCUGCUGAGCCAGGUGGAGCAGCUGAAGCAGGACGUGGUGCGCCUUGCCAAGGAAAGGGAUCUUUACAAGGAGAAGUACGAGAAGCUGGCCAGUCGGACCUACACGGCCGGUGGGAACACGAGAGAUCCGUCCGGGAAACAGGCCAACACAGAGUUCUUCAUGUAAGAAACGCAGACUGAGCACCCCACUUAAAAAAGAACCUUUUAUUUAUAUUUGUUCUGCGUUUGUAUUUUGCUUACAGUUAUUCCCUCGAAGAAAAACACAAGUAAACAAAUACGCAUUAGAUGUGCACAAAAGUAAUCCUUGUGCGCAUUUUUUAGUCUUAAAGAUGUUUUGGCUGAACUUCUGUAAACUCGCUGCAACCUGUCAGCUGGGCACAUGGGAUCACUUAGCCUGUAGACUGUUUUUUCCUCUGGUGCAACAAAACUUGGUCUUAUUGAACCAUUGUGACAUUUAACAUGACUGUCUUAAUUCAGAGAGAAUGCUUUUGUCUUAAAAGUGAGGGGAACGGUGCAUUUUUUUAAAGAGAGAUUGGACUGAAGUAGAAGCAGAAAAAGCAAUACACCGCCUAUCUUUGGCUCCAGAAAGCUCAACAGACUGUUUUUUGUGAAAGUGAGGCGGAGAAGAGACAUUUCAAUAUUGCAAGUCUAUAGUUUCCCAUCCCUUAUUGCAACCCUGCAUGCAGGACAUGUAUGGUAACCUCCAGUCAUCUCCCAGAAUCCUUCCACACGUAUGGAAAGCAUGGCCCAUGGUACGCUUCUCCUCCUCCCUCCUCCCUCCUCCUCCUCUGCCACCAAUAAGGCCUGGGUAUGAAAAAAGGCACCUUUCCCCCCCUGGAAAGGUGCAAGGACUGCGGACAAAAAUGCAUAAACAAUCUGCUAACUGCGAGAAAAAAACAUGGAUGCGUCUUCAACUGCUAUUUUCAAUCAAUUUUUCUAUUGUUUUAAAAUGAAAAGAAAAACGACAAAAAGAGAUUAACUGAGACAGAUUUUAGACUGUAUUUAUUUCCACCUGUACAUAAUGUGUAGAGAAAAAAAAACAGUUACCUGUGUUAUACCUUUUUCUCCUUUUUAAAGCUUUUGUUGCUUGGAUUCUUCGAAAUGUCUUAAUACAAAUGUUUGUAUGUUACAGCAUGCAAAUCGUAUAUGGUAUCCUCCUCCUACUGAACAUGUGUAAUGUCAAAGGCAAGCCUAUACUGCACUAAGAAGAGAUCAAACUUGACAAGCGUUUUGUUUUCUACUCAUAGGACCUUUGAUCUGUUAAAAAACCCGGAUGUAAAUUUGAUAAAGGUUCAUUUAUUAGAUGGACAAGGACUGCAUUCGCUGCUAAAACUCUAUGCACCAACCUGAUGAUGAAAAAUAUUAGUUGAAUGAUUUUUUUUUUUUUUUACUUUCGAUAUUUGUAGAAUUUGUUAAGGGCCUGCGGGUUUAUUCUGCAGCCCGGUAUCUUAACAAGAGCUUGUGUCUGAUAGGAGGAUGCUUGCUGGUUUGAGAAGAGGAGAGACUUUGCCUGUUGGUAGAGCUUACUGUUCUUGGAGAUGCAUUAUUCUGUCAAUAAGACGUGUGUGUUCUGCUGCCUAGAUAUAUGUGCAAUAUUGUGCAGAAGUGUCCGAUGAUUGGACUACCUGUUGGGUGGCGAGCACUUACAGGAAGACAGGCUGGAAAUUGUAGAUCAAAAGGCCACAGUUGAAAAUGGUAAAUACAUAUGAGAUGUGUUUUAUUGCUCUCCAAAUAUUCGAUCUUUUACGUACAGUAAAAGAACAAAAAUUAUCACAACGAAUCUUGUAACAAAUUAAUUUUUGAAAACAAUUAGGUACCAACAAUUAUUUAUUCAGUUACUUAUUGUAUUUAUUUUUUAAUUCGUUUUAUAUGUCGUCAACGUUUUGCAAUUAUUUACAGCCUAAAAAUUUGAUUUUAAAGAACUAUGAGCAAACUUCUGCACAGUGCUGUUUAUGUAUAUCUGUACAUAUAAUUUCUAUAUUUAUUCAAUGAACGUGUCCUAACGUGUCAACAAGUGAAAAACCUACCAAGUGGAGCGUUGUUGAGAAUCUUGUUUUCAUAAUGUUUAAUAAA